AAUCUACCAACCCAUUCGUCAAGAAAUAAACAUUUUCCCGCCCACUCACUUUGCCAGGACUAAGGGGACUUAAAAGUGGACAUUUAGGGUUGUUUGAGGUGAACAGAAAGCUGUUAUUGGACCUUGUCGUAAGGACACUAACUACCUCAGAGAAGAUGCUUUUUUGCGGACUACUCUACAACUGUCUCUCUGAAACGCAUCGAUAGAAUGAGUCAAGAAAAUACGAGGAUAGAAAAGAACCUGGCCUUUGGCUUUUCAGGCAAGGCGUAUGGGUCAUCAAGGAGUAUUGUGAGAAGAAUAGCCACCAAUCUUCCCCUUAAACCAUGCCCCAGGGUCCAUUUUCAGCUCAAUCCUUACGCUGAAGACCGUAGUGUCCUGAACAGUGCUGGGAGACAGAAUGGACUGGUGGCCUCUUUGGCUGAUGUCGUCUGGAUGGACAGGGAAGAGGAGGAAGCUGAAAAUGACUGGUUUGGAUUUGGGAGACCGAGGUCAGAAGCACCGUCAGGGCUCAUGUUCCGUUCUCACCCGCCUCAGCCCAAACAACAACCUUUACCCAGACGUAGAUCAUUACCCAGCCUGCACCAGGCCGAGCCAGAGCCCCAGGGUCAGACCCGCAGCAACGAUGAGGCCAUCCAGAAGAUCAGUGCUCUGGAGACGGAGCUGGCCAAACUCAGAGCCCAGAUCGCACAGAUAGUACUGACCCAGGAGCAGAACGCAGAGACACCAGCACCAGGUGGUCCUCCUGCCCCAGGUCGCCCUCCACCACCCUGCGCCCCUCCACCUCCACCUCCCCCUCCUCCACCCCCACUCAUGGGAUUCCAGCGGAGCUUCUCGGUCAUUGACCUCAUCCAGGAGCGCCGUGGGAAGAAGACAGACAGCCAGACACUGCUGAACCAGAGGCCCAAGCAGGCAGAGGUCCCCAACAUGCUGGAUGUGCUUAAAGACAUCGGCAAAGUCAAGCUGCGCCCCGCUAAGAGCCGGCCAGAGGAGAGCCAAGCCAAGCCUAGUGUGGCCACAGAUGCUGCGUCUCUCAUCGCUAAUGCCUUGAAACGCAAGUUUGCCCAUCGCUAUCGCCACAACAGCAAUGAGGACAAGGAGUUUGACUUCCCAGCCUCUGAACUGAAACCUUUCUGUUCUGAAUUCCCCAAGACCGACAAAGUGGAGGUUCCCCUGGUAAGGCAGCACCGGUUGAAAACCCCAGCCCCUGUAGUGAAACUACACCCAGACACACCCUUGUUUGGGCAGCACAUGUUGAAGUCUACUGGCCAGAGAAAGCUCCUCUGAGCACCCACAGAGAUGGUCUGAGUUCUGGACCUCCAGACACCCAUGGACACUCAAGUGCCUUAUCAAUCUGUUUGUCAGCUGUCUCUGACUAGAUAUGCAAUCAAUCUGCUCUCCAUUCCUACUCACCAACAGUAUUGCAGUGCCUCAGUCUUCUUCAGUAUACAUUUUUCAGGUGUACCAUGUAAAACAUUUUUUACUUUUGUUUCAUUUAAAUGUGCUAUUUUUGUUAAAUUGAUGCCAGUUUCAAAGUCUUUGAUCUUAAAUUAGGACAGUCCAAGAUUGGUUGUCAGAUUUUCUUUUAAUGUAGAUUUCUGUACCACAACUAAAUUCCAAAGUGUGUGUUCUGGAUAUAGGCUGUAACACUACAGAAUCCAUACAUUCCUCUCAACUAUGUGUAUUAAAGGGGAUUUAUGGGAUUGAAUCUAAAUGCACAGCGACAAAGGCUUACCCAUUUUGCAUGCCCUUUUCAAGGCAGUUGUAUUUAUUUUUGCCCCACUGGGUCUUUGCUGUCUACUUCUUACUUGGGGCAGAAGAUGGAUCACUUAUUUAAUUAGGCAAUUUAUUAUUUUUGUAAAUUGCAUCCUAGUCGGUUUAAUUUAUUUCUAGUUAAUACCAAUUGUCAAAGCAUCCAUGGUUGAUUUAAUGAGUUGCACUGGGACUAGUUCUGUACCUCACUAUGCAGAGUGGACCAAACUUACACUAAUCUACAAUAUGGUGAGUCUUAAUACUAUGCUCAUUGCUGUAAAACAGGGAGACUCUACCAGUCAUUUUAUCCAUUGCUGGGCAGGAGAAUGUUUAGUUCCAAUCUGUGUGUAUUCCAGAUCCAUGACAAGCCCGUUUUCAUUCUGUGAGGUAAUGCUACUCCAUCACCAGCUGACUGUAGCCCUCUUUUUAAACCACAGAAAAUGUGUUUACCAUCAGUGGAACUGGUUAAAGUGAAGACAGAGCAGGAAAAAUACGCUUUGAAUGGUGGGAGUAUAAGGGAACAUGGACAACUGUCAGUAAUACUUGAUGUAAAUCCCUAACUCAAACAGGGAUUGUGUGAAGGGAAAUGUCAUCCACAUUUGACAAACCUAGAAUCAAAUUCAUGAAUAAAACCAAUGAAAGUGUU